AUGGAACCAAAAGAAGGUGGAAGCCCACAAGCAACAACAUUAAAAAGAAAUAAAGAUAAAACAAUGGCAAAAACAUUUAAAAAAAUAUUGAAACCAGGUGAAAAAAAGAAAAAACAAAAAGCAAUUGUAAUAGCAGCAAUAAAACAAUUAAUUCAUUAUUUGGAAACCAAUUGUAUAGAGUUGGAAGGUAUUUGCAGAAUUUCAGGUAACAAUACUAAAGUUAAAGAAUUAAAGAAACAAUUGGAGAAUGGUGAGGGUGAUUCAAUUGAUUUCUCAAAGAUUGAUUCUCAUUGUGUUAGUGGUGCUUUAAAAGCUUUCCUUAGAGAUGGUGAUGAACCACUCCUAACCUUUGAUUUAUAUAAAAACUUUUUAGCUUCAAUUGAUAUUAAGGAUAAGAAUUCAAAAAUUUCUUUCAUAAAAUCAUUACUUUCUGCACUUCCAAAAGAAAAUUAUGAUUUACUUCAAAUUUUAUUAAAAUUUUUAAAUACAAUUCAAUUACAUUCAAGUAUUAAUAAAAUGACAAGUUCAAAUUUAGCAAUUGUAUUCUCACCAACAUUAUUAAGACCAAAAGAAGAGAGUUUAGAAUCAAUGAUGACAGAUUCCAAUAGUAUUAGUGAAGUUGUAAGAGUAUUGAUUGAAGAAUUUCAUGUAUUAUACGAAAUUAAACAAACUUUAUUAUACCAAGUUUCAGCUAUUGAUUUAGGUAUUAGAGAAGAUAAGAGAUCAACAAGUGAACAAUUGGAAGAUGCUAAAGUAACAAUAGAACAAUUAAAGAAACAUUUGAAUGAAGAAGCUCGUGAGAGAUCAAUUUUAGAAACUUAUUGUACCAGUAUGGAACAAAAAUUACAAGAACUUGAAGAUAUUAAUAAAUCUUUAACUGAAGAAAAGGAUAGUUUAGGUGAAUUAUUAAAUGAAUUUAAAGAAACAAAUAAAAAUCAAGCAAAUGAUAUUAAUUCAUUGAAAAAUGAUAUUAAAGAUGUUACCGAAAAACAAACCAAAACAGAAUUAGAGAGAGAUGAAUUGAAUAAAGUUAAAGUUAAACUUGAAAAAGAUAUAGAAACAACUAGAAUUGAAUUAAAAUCAACAAAUGAUGAAUGUCAAAAAUUAAAGGUUAACAAUAAUAAACUAGGAGAAGAUAUAAAGAAUCAAAUGAAAGAAUUUGAACAAACUAGAAAAUCAUUAUUGGAAAAUCAUAAAUUAGAGUUUGAAAAACAUCAAUUAGAAAUCCAACAAUUUAGACAAGAAAAUGAACAAUUAAAAAAAGAGAAAACUGAUGCCGAUUUACAAUUGGAAAGAGUACAAGCAGAAAUUUCAAUUCUACUCUCUUCAUCAAAUGAUAAGAAUUCCAAGAAAAAUAGUUUAAAAAAUCAAAAAAAAGAUUUAGAUAAUGCUUUGAAAAAAUGUAAAGAUCAAGAAUCAAAAAUUAAUCAAUUAGAAAAAGAAAAAUCAAAAUUACAAGAUGAAUUAACAAAAUUACAAAAAUCAUCAUCUUCGUCAUCAUCAUCUUCAUCUUCUUCAUCCUCCUCUCAAGCAUCACAUAAAUUUGUAUUUGGUAAAAAACCAAGUAGUAGUAAAAUUACAACCACUACAACCACCACAACUUCACCAGCUCAACAACCAACAACACCACCUCCACCAUUGGAUGAAGAUGAUAUUAUAUCUGUCAAAAAGUUUGCAUUCUAUUAUAUGAAUCUUGCCAUUAAAACUGAUGCAAUGACUAAAGGUUUACCUUGUAAUAUUAAUUCUUCUGAAAUUUUAGAAGAACUUUUAUCUAAAAAUAUUAAAGUUCAACAAUGGAGUGAAGUAAUUUCUAAAAAAUUAAAAGAAAACAAAUAA